CUUCAUACCGGUAUACCUGCCACUUAUAAAAAGUUGUGCAAGCCUCGUGAUGACCAUGGUGGCCAUUAUGGAUGCAGCUUUGAAGGAGAUAAAGUCUGCAAUGUUGGUUGGGAAGGAAAAAACUGUCUAAAAAAUGUUGACGAUUGUUUGUCAAAUCCCUGCCUAAAUAAUGGUUCGUGUAUUGAUCUGCAUGCAAAUUAUGAGUGUGUAUGUCCUGGAGAAUUUGGUGGAAAGCAAUGUGAAAUUGAUUUUCGCAAUGAGCCAUGCAAAAAUAAAGGGAUCAUGUUACCUGACAAUACAUGCAAGUGUCGUCUUGGCUACAAGGGUAAUAAAUGCGAAGUUUGCAUUCCUCAUCACCUCUGUGCUGAUCAUGGGACUUGUAAAAGCCCUCACACUUGUAAUGAUUUAUGUAUACCUGGUGGUUGGGUUGGUCAAUUCUGUGAAAUAGAACAAGAUGGAUGUAGUCAUAAUAGAGGAAAGAGAUUUUGUUCCAGUAAAGGGAUAUGUGUAACUGAUCAAAAGAUGCUUGUUUCUGGACAAGGCUGGAAGUGUUUAUGUUAUGAAGGAUGGACUGGUAAACACUGUGAAAGAAAGAUACAUAUAUGUGACAAGAGAUCACCUUGUCAAAAUGGAGGCACUUGUUUGAAAUCUGGAAAGCAUUUUAAUGAUGAUCAAAUUUAUAGUUGCAGGUGUCCUUUAGGAUUUUCUGGAAAAACCUGUGAAGUUGAGAUAAAUGUUUGUGAAAAGCUAUCACCUUGCCAAAUUGGAGGCACUUGUUUGAAUAUUGGAAAACAUUUUAAUGAUAAUCUGACAUAUGAGUGUCAAUGUCCUAUAGGGUUUUCUGGCAAAAAUUGUGAUAUUGAUAUGCAUGUAUGCAAUAAGCAAUCACCUUGUCAAAAUGGCGGCACUUGUUUGAAAUCUGGAAAACAUUUUAAUAGCGAUCAGAUUUAUGAUUGCGGAUGUCCUCUGGGAAAAACUGUGAAAUUGGUAACUUCUAUCAAGUACAAGCAAUGUAAGUACAAGGAAAUGUGGUACAUUCACAAUGAUACUUGGGAAGAUACCUGCAAUGUUUGCAGAUGUGAUGACGGAGUUGCAACAUGUACAGAUGCAUGGUGUGGUCUUCCAAAUUGUUAUCAAGUUAAAGAUCCUAAAUGUAAAUGCAAGUUUGUAGAAGAGUCUCAUUGUAUCACCCCUCCUUGUUUGCCUUGGGGUAUAUGUAAUGCACAAACUAUACCAGUAUUAUAUAUGGGCUGCUUCACUGAAUUUAAUGCAGAAUUGGCAAAGAACUGUGCCAAAGUCAUCUUUUUUUUUAAUGUUAGAAUGCUUCCGAGGGGAAUUUUAUUAGAAGAAUUAUGUCAACAGUUUCACAUUUAUAAAAGGGUUCAAAGUUUAUUUAUUUCCAAUGAAGUUACUUUGCAGUGUUCUCAUGUUCGCUUUAACUCUUCCUUGAAUCAGUUAAUUGUUAAUAUAUAUAACAAACAAAAAGCAGUUCAGCUAUCUUCAGAGAUUGCAAAGUACAAACACACACUUGUCGAACAAUUUGAAAAUUUUAAAUGGCACGCGCCGCCUACAUUAGUUCUUUUUUUUGUAUAUACAAGCAUUGAAAGACCUUCUACUAUGCAUAGCUUCUUAAAAGAAAAAGGUUUUUUUUUCCGUUAGUCGGAUGUAUGGCUGUGUGCGUCCUCGUACUUUUUGUGUGUCUUUUAUUGUGGUUGUAUAAGAAAAUGACUUUGAAAAAAAUAUCUGACACAACAAUUUUUGAGCAUAAUAAACUUAUAAAAGAAAAUUUGAAAAAAGGAAUUUUUUUUCAUAAUUUGAAAAAAUUUGACAAAAAUUGAAGUGUAAUAUUUGUAUAUUAAUAUAAAUUUUAUUUAUGUGAAUUUGAUCUUAAAAUAUAUUAAAUAAUUUGCGCCCUUGUUAACAAUU